AUGUGCAAACACAUUCUAAACGCCCAGGUUGCCAUUCGUGCCCAAUGUUGUAGACGCUGGUUCGAUUGCUCUGAAUGCCACGCCGAGGUUGCUGAUCAUCCUCUCCGCAAGACUGACGAGAUGGUGUUUGCGUGCAAAAAGUGUAAAAAGGCCUUCCGAAAGGAUAUGACUGAUUAUGAGGAGGAAGACGAAUACUGCCCACAUUGCGAUAAUCAUUACGUCCUUGAUGCUAUAACGCCUGAACCCAAGGUUGAAAUUGAACAUGAAGAUUUGCGUAAAGAUAGCAGAGUUAUCAAAGACGCACGUACUAAACUCAAGCAGGAUCCAAAGAGCAUCUUUGAUCUCGAUGUCAGCGAAAUGAUGGGAUAG